AUGGGAACGUACUCAAACGAGGGAAACGUACUCAAACGAUGGGAACGUACUCAAACAAGAGGAACGUGCUCAAACGAGGGGAACGUACUCAAACGAGGGGAACGUACUCAAACGAGGGGAACGUACUCAAACGAGGGAAACGUACUCAAACGAGGGAAACGUACUCAAACGAGGGGAACGUACUCAAACGAGGGGAACGUACUCAAACGAGGGGAACGUACUCAAACGAACGUACUCAAACGAGGGGAACGUACUCAAACGAGGGAAACGUACUCAAACGAGGGAAACGUACUCAAACGAGGGGAACGUACUCAAACGAGGGGAACGUACUCAAACGAACGUACUCAAACGAGGGGAACGUACUCAAACGAGGGGAACGUACUCAAACGAGAGGAACGUACUCAAACGAGGGGAACGUACUCAAACGAGGGGAACGUACUCAAACGAGGGGAACGUACUCAAACGAGGGGAACGUACUCAAACGAGGGGAACGUACUCAAACGAGGGGAACGUACUCAAACGAGGGGAACGUACUCAAACGAGGGGAACGUACUCAAACGAGGGGAACGUACUCAAACGAGGGGAACGUACUCAAACGAGGGGAACGUACUCAAACGAGGGGAACGUACUCAAACGAGGGGAACGUACUCAAACGAGGGGAACGUACUCAAACGAGGGGAACGUACUCAAACGAGGGGAACGUACUCAAACGAGGGGAACGUACUCAAACGAGGGGAACGUACUCAAACGAGGGGAACGUACUCAAACGAGGGGAACGUACUCAAACGAGAGGAACGUACUCAAACGAGGGGAACGUACUCAAACGAGGGGAACGUACUCAAACGAGGGGAACGUACUCAAACGAGGGGAACGUACUCAAACAAGUACAACAACCUCGUGGUUAUGAAUAUUAGAUACCAAGUAGAGGAAGAAGUAUAUCAAGCACAAGUAUGA